GCAACCCGGCGCAGCUCGUGGUGAAUGGUCAGCGGAACCAUAACAUUGUAAUCAAGCCCAAUUUUUAGAAAUUGUAAAUAAAAAACGCCCUCAACAUGUCCUCGCUACUGCAAUUGACCACCAGGGCCAUCCGAAGUUCCGUAACACAAGUGCGUAGCGUGGCCACCACAACGCCCAGACAAAUUAAAGAAAUUCAGGAAAAGCAGGAGAACAAUGUGAAGAUCUUUGAGGGCGUCAACGUAGAGUCACCGAGGGCUAACCUGAUGCUCAAGUCCGCCUGCGAAAGCAAGUUUUGCCCGGAGUGCACCUUGGGUCUGGACAUUAAGCACACAGACGUCCUUAUCCUAUCGCAGUACGUCAGGUCCGAUGGCUGCAUGUUGCCGCGCAGGAUCACUGGGCUGUGCCACCGUCAACAGAAGAAGAUGGGCACCUUGGUCACCAUGGCCCAAAAGGCGGGACUGAUGCCCAAUCUUGCGCCCGAGUGGAGCAAAAAGGACCCCAAGAAACGUUUCGGCUGGCGCAAGUUCAACAAGUACUUUCUGGAGUCCACGAUUAAAUACUAGUGUUAAAUGCAAUGAAUGUGUUAAUAGAGGUGUUGAUUUUUGAAUUUAA